ACAGCAACAGUAAUACAUUCUCAAGAGAUAACUCUCCUUCAGCAGAUGAUUCUGAAACAAAAAGCAACCAAGAGAUCGUCCAGAGGCUUAAUAAUCUCAAGAAUUUGGUAAAAAAUUUGCAAAAACUAGCCGAUAUUGCAAUAUCUAAAAUUAAGCGCAUCGACUGGAACCAAAUUCAAAAAGCUGCCGGUCUUAAGCCUGAAGCCAUUCAAGUAAAUCCUCAUCAUGAAAUCAAAUGUGAUAUGUUUCAGUGA